AUGAAUUAAGUUGAACCUUUUGGCAUUAGAGUAAUACCUAUUAAGUGGGUGUUAAAAUUUGAGCCACCCAUUAUAGGGUUGGUUUACAAGCAGCAUCAGAAGGAGAAGAAAAAGCAUCUCUACUAGAUUUCAUUGAAUAAUCUGAUAUUUUUGACAAAUCCAGAAGACAUUGUGAAUCAAAUAAUUUAUGAACAUCCUGUUUAUUUGAAUAGGAAAUUCAUAAAGCAUGAGCAACUCAUCGGAUUAGUGCGUAAAUUGCUGGAUUAUAAAAGUCAGAAGUUAUAGGAAAUGGUAGAGUUUAUGGAAGAUCAUUUGGUUGAGUAUGACGAUGCAGAUUCAGAUUAGGAAGAAAAAUACACAACUAAUAAGAACUACUCUUUUUGA